CCGGCUCCAGGCGGCGGAACCUCCGCACGGGGCUCGCGCGCUUCCGGCCGGCGCCUUUUCCCAGGGACGCAGCCAACCCCUCGCACCCCCGCGCCCGCGCCCCCAGUCCCCGCGUCCCCGGCGCCGCCGGCCCGGAGCUGCCCGGAAGUCUCGGUUCCGCCGCCGGCGCUCGCCAGGGGAAGCCCGGGGCCGCCCGGGACCUCGGCCCGCUCCUCCGGACCCGAGAGGCCGCCGCACGGGCUGCCGCUCCAGAUGCUGCUGCUGCCGCCGCGGCCACCCCACCCUCGGUCCUCCUCUCCGGAGGCCAUGGACCCACCGCCCCCCAAGGCUCCCCCUUUCCCCAAGGCGGAAGGCCCUUCCUCCUCUCCUUCCUCGGCGGCGGGGCCCCGACCCCCGCGGCUGGGCCGCCACCUCCUCAUCGACGCCAAUGGGGUCCCCUACACAUACACGGUGCAGCUGGAGGAGGAGCCCCGGGGCCCGCCCCAGCGCGAGGCGCCCCCAGGAGAGCCCGGCCCUCGCAAGGGCUACAGCUGCCCGGAGUGCGCCCGUGUCUUUGCCAGCCCUCUGCGGCUGCAGAGCCACCGCGUGUCGCACUCGGACCUCAAGCCCUUCACGUGCGGCGCCUGCGGCAAGGCCUUCAAGCGCUCCAGCCACCUGUCGCGGCAUCGCGCCACGCACCGCGCCCGCGCCGGGCCGCCGCACACCUGCCCGCUCUGCCCACGCCGCUUCCAAGACCCAGCGGAGCUGGCGCAGCACGUGCGCCUCCACUAAGCUCGAGACCCGGCUUGAGCUGCCCUGCCCCUCUCAGGGCCACGAAGUCCGACCCACACAGCGUCACUCACUCCCACACACACUCCCUGGCUCCGCUGAGGUUACUGCCUUACCCUGGGCCUCAGUUUCCCCACCUUCCAAAAGGAGGAGCAUCAUUCUUUCCUUACCCCCUUUCUAGCUGUGUGAUGUAGACCAAAGUCGUUGCCCCUCCCUGGGCCUGGGAACCAGUCGGAACUGGGUUCCGGUCCAGCUGUGCUGUGUGAGCCUUUGCAAGUGACAUGACCUCUCUAAACCUUGGUUUUCCGCUCUCUGGAGCGGUGAACCGGUGGUUGUCUGUGGGGAAGAGAUGAUAAAGAGCACGGGCACGGUCUGGUUCAUUUCUGUAUCUACCCCCCUUCCGCCCACGCCCCCUACCCUUUGCUCAAUAAACAUUCCGCACUUCAUUUUCAAGCUCUUCCUUGCGUGUGCGUGCGCGUUGGGUGCGGGGGGGUGGAGACCGGAUCUUCCUCGCUUGGGUACUUUUCUCUCGGUGUGUGUUUCUGGCCGGAGCCGUUUCGCGACGGCCCGGGCGCCCCGCCCCCACCUUCCUUCCCUAGACCCUUUCCUCUCCCUUCGGCUUCUCUCUUUCGGCCGGCGCCGCCAGCUCCUGGGGCACACCCAGAGGUCCCCUUCCCGCCGCCGCCUGCAACUGCGAGGGUAGCCCGGGGCCGCUUGGAGUCGCCCGGACCUGAGAGGCUGCUGCACUGGGCCUCAGCCAGCCCUCCGGAUGCUGGUGCUGCCAUCCCCCUGCCCUCAGCCUCUGGCAUUUUCCUCCGUUGAGACCAUGGAGGGCCCUCCCCGUCGGACAUGCCGCUCCCCAGAACCUGGACCUUCCUCCUCCAUCGGAUCUCCCCAGGCUUCAUCUCCUCCCAGGCCCAACCACUACCUGCUCAUUGAUACUCAGGGUGUCCCCUACACAGUGCUGGUGGACGAGGAGUCGCAGAGGGAGCCAGGGGCCAGUGGGGCUUCAGGCCAGAAAAAGUGCUACAGCUGCCCCGUGUGCUCAAGGGUCUUCGAAUACAUGUCCUACCUUCAGCGACACAGCAUCACCCACUCGGAGGUAAAGCCCUUCGAGUGCGACAUCUGUGGGAAGGCGUUCAAGCGCGCCAGCCACUUGGCACGGCACCAUUCCAUUCACCUGGCGGGUGGUGGGCGGCCCCACGGCUGCCCGCUCUGCCCUCGCCGCUUCCGGGAUGCGGGUGAGCUGGCCCAGCACAGCCGGGUGCACUCCGGGGAACGCCCGUUUCAGUGUCCACACUGCCCUCGCCGCUUUAUGGAGCAGAACACACUGCAGAAACACACGCGGUGGAAGCAUCCAUGAGCCGGGCUGCCGGGUGCCCCAGGCACCACAGGACUUUGCAGGGAGCCUGGACUCCUGUCCAGACACCUGGUGAGAGCCCGAGGCUGGUGUGCAGGGCCCUGGACACAGGCACAGAGCAGCCGCAUCUCCAAGGCAGAGCCCUGCCUGAACGAGGAAUCCGUGAGUAGUCUUCAGGUCCUCCGUGUUCUGGAGCUGAGAUGGGAAUGAGCCCCUACACAAAAUGGAGUCCUCUAGCCUAAAGAUACCAGCUGUUGCAUGGCAGAGCCUCGACUGGAUGGGGGUGGGGAGUGUCGUGUGUAAAGUCUCUGGCCUCAUAAAAGAUGGCUGUGGGUCAUCAGGAAUCUGCCAUCUUCCUGAGGCUUCUGUGCUGUUGUUGGGGAAGGGACCCCAGUCCUGCCUUCCACCCCCCAACCAGGCCUGAGACCGAUCAAACAAUAAACGUGUU